AUGGCUAACAAUCUCAUCUCUGCACCAACCGUUGCUGUCAACUACAACCAUCAUAGCAACAGCAACAACAAUGAUUACAAGUAUGCCAAAUGCCUCAUCAGUGGCGUCUGUGCCAGCAGCAUUCGAUGGGUAUUGACACCCUUUGACAAUGUGAAAUGCAAAAUGCAAGUCGAACCUUCCAAGUAUCCUACUUUUGUGAGUGGACUGAGGAUAACCUGGCAAAACCAUGGCACAGCAGGACUUUACCGCGGACUGUCUCCUACCAUCCUCGCCUAUUCUGCUCAAACGGGUACCAAAUACAUGAUGUACGAUGUCUUCAAGGAUUCUUGGGCUCAGUAUUUUGGAGCCGAAUUUUGUCAGGAUCACAAGAAUGCCAUUUACAUUUUGUCUGCUGCUGGGGCCGAAGCGAUUGCCGACGUGGCCAUGGCUCCGUGGGAAAUGAUCAAGGUCAAGGUCCAAACCACUCCCACUUUUCCAUCACGACUAUCAACCGCCUUGGCCACCAUGCUGGGAGAUCGCAAACUGUAUCAGUUUCCCUUUGGAACCAUACGGCCACUCUGGACGCGACAGAUUGUGGGAACGGUGGCCAAUUUUUAUACCUUUGAAUGCGUCACGGAUUACAUUUACUCGUCGGACGAAUUGACUCGCCUCUUUACGAGUGACAAUGACUCGGCCUCUGGAAAACUCGUGGUGACCUGUGUGGCCGGGUCAAUGGCGGGAGUGGUAUCCGCAGUCAUUUCCCAUCCCUUUGAUGUCAUGGUGUCACUCCGAACCCAACAUCCCAACCAACCAAUGCUCACCACCAUUCAAGAUUAUGGUUGGAAGAAUCUUUUUACGAGAGGAUUGGGACCACGAGUGGGACUCACGUCUUCAAUUCUUUGCGUCCAAUGGUUCUUGUACGAUAGCUGUCGCACGAUGUUGGGAAUGCCCACCAGCGGGUCUCACUAA